GAGGUGAAUGCAGUUGGCCAUCAUUUUACAACCCGUUCGGACGCCAUUCAGAUGCGUUCGAUGGAACUGGCAGGUUGUAACGCGCGAGUCACCAUCGACUCUGCAUCAUCUUUACCAUUAUUAUUAUCAUCAUCAUUAUCAUCGUCAUCAUCAUCAUUAUCAUCAUCGUCGUUGUCGUCGUCGUCGUCGCUUUUGUCGUCGUCGUCAUCGUCAUUUUCGUGGUCAUUAUCAUCGUCGUAAUUUUCUUCAUCGAAAUCCCUUCGUUCGGCGUUUAUUGUCAACAUGGGUAGUGGAAUCGAGUGACGAUCGAAUUAUUGAACACGUGGAAAAAGAAAGAGAGAGAGAGAGAGAGAGAGAAAGAAAGAGAGAGAGAGAGAGAGAAAGAGAAAAGUCUAAGAGAUAUCAGAAAAAGGAUUCGAAAUUUAAUUUGACGAAAGAAAUAAAAGAAGAAAAGAAGUAGACGAAUGUGUUGGAAAAAUAAACUCAUCGUCCUCUUGGUGGACGCUUUCGACAGAGUGGAACGAUCGCUUUUUUAAAAAGAAACAGUCACGUUCCGACUGUCUCCGAGAACGUCUCGGAAGAGAAUGUCAAGGAGGUACAGGAAUAUCGUUGAAUCAUCAAUAUGUAAAUGAUGCGGAUCAAUAUGACACUUCGAUCAACAAUGAUAAUACAAAACAUUUGGAGAAAUUCUACUUAAUUACAGAACGAAGGUGGCACACAGAUACGGUGCUACCAAUUUCUUUACUACCGUCUACCGAGGGAAUGUCUGCUCGAUCUCAUCAUAGGAUCCGGCAGUCCACUAAGGGACUGGAUGAUUCUGGUAUGGACUUGCAAGCAGCUCAAUUCAGUACCCGUAUAGGUCAGGAGGUUCGCUCUAGUGCUACUCUAUCAUGGCUAGAUUGGCAAUUGCCUCUUUUUAUAGCACUUUGUGCCAUUGCCUGUGUUAUUUUAUUUACAUUUUUGAUCUUGUUAUGGCUACGGAAACAAAUGUCGCGUGAAAAAGAUACCGAAGAUGGUGACAGGAGAGGUCUAGUAGAGGAAGGAUUGGUUGGCCGUACAGAUAAAACUGGCAAAGGUACUAAAAGUUCAGUGGAAGCGCAAUGGGUUCCUCAAUCUGUAGCCAAACCAUUGGAAUCUACUCAAAAAGCGAAACCAUCUACAACAGUUGCUUCUGGUUUACCAGAAAUAAUGGCCGUGACCACGCCAGAACGAAAAAUAGAACCAAUUCGUGUGAAACCUAAGGGAUUAUUAGAACGUCGUAGUUCAAGUGCAAGUUUGACUAUAGAACUAGCACCAGCACCGACACCCGAAAAUCCACCACACAUGGUCACUCCAACUCGUGAAUGUACGACGGAAGAAUUUUUACUGAGCGCUGGAAAUGUCUUAUCCAGAGCUCAAUUGAAAAAAACAUUGAACGAUCCGACAUCGCUGCAGAAAGAAUUUUGGGAAGUACCGUUGAACCAUCCCAAAAAAGUUGAUAUAUGUGGAGCUGGUGUAAAAAAUAGAUAUUGCACUGUAUUACCUAAUCCGCAAUCUCGAGUAAUUUUACCGGGUUCUUCUGACGAUCCACUUUCUAGUUACAUAAACGCCAAUUAUAUCAGGGGAUACGAUGGAGAAGAUGCUCGCUAUAUCGCAACGCAAGGACCAUUAACUCAUACGAUAGGAGAUUUCUGGCAAAUGAUUUGGGCAGAAAAAGUUCCCGUGAUUGUCAUGAUGACAAGAUUACACGAAGCUGCCAAAACAAAAUGUGAUAUCUACUUUCCUGUAGAUAAAAAUAAUCGUUUGCGAGCUGGUCCUUUCACGAUUAUAGUUAACUCUAUAACUAACAAAGAUGGUUAUACUGUUAGAGAUUUGGAAAUUAGAUACGAAGGGGAAAAACGCCACGUACAGCAUUACUGGUAUGAUUCAUGGCCGGAUCAUGCUGUACCUCAAGCAGCAGAUGCGCUUGUUAAUUUAGCUGCAGAAAUAAAUGCUCUAUCUGGACCUGUAGUGGUACAUUGUAGUGCAGGUAUUGGACGCACUGGAUGUUUUAUAGCACUAGCAAUAGGAAUGACACAACUCUUAAGAAAUGAUAACGUUGAUGUACUAGGUAUUCUAUGUCAAAUGAGGUAUGACAGAGGAGGUAUGAUUCAAACUGCUGAACAAUACGAAUUUGUUCAUCGAGCCCUUUGUCUAUUUGAACAAACUCUUGAGGGCAGAUUAUCUAUAUCAAGGGAAUAAUGUUGCUACGAAUAAUAAUUAUUUUAAAAGCAAGUACUGUUGCCUACAACACAAUCCACUUUCGUCCAGAUAUUCCAUUAAAACAAAAGAUACUUUUAAAUGAAUCUCUGUGUCAGCAUUGGAGGUAAGAAAAGGAGGUCUUAACUAUUUCAAUACUUUAAUGAAAUUCGCCUCAUCUAAUAUGCUGCCAUUCUAUACUGCCAUGACAAAUCGUUGAUAAUUGAUAUGAAUCGCGUAUAAAUUUUCUCAAAGAAUUAUCAUUUUAAUCAUUUAUCCCAAAACAAAAAAAGAGAGAAAGAAAAAAAGAAAAGCAAUUUUAUGCAACAUUAUAAAAAAUCAAAGUAAAAAGCCAUUUUGUGCUCCAGCACUGAUUGUGUGGAACAUAUUUGUACAAAAAAAAAA